UGGGUCUAAACGGGUCGGAGAUUUAAAUGAAAUUAGUAAAAAAAAGACUGGUUUAAAUAGAACAUAUUUAUUUACUUUACAAAUUCUAACAAUGUAUAUGAUACGUUUUAUUGAAUUUUCACAAAUGUAAAACAUAUUACAUAGUUGGAUGUGUUACUGAUGAUUUUGCAACUACUUCUAACGAUUUGAGAUGAAAAUCAGCGUGUGGCUUUUGAGAAUGCCAUCUGUAAACAUAUGUUAAUCAACGUUUAAGAUUUUUUCCUUAAUGUUUCUGUUAUCAAGCUUUCUUAAUAUAGGAGAGAAGCUAAGGGAGAGAGGAAAAAAUAAACAGAACAGAAAAGUUCGUACCUUUGGAAUUUCAUUAGAUCUUAAGUUUUCAGAGCAACCUUUUUAAUUUCUUAUGCGUAGAUUUGGAUCCAAUCAAUGAUUCUGCAACUUUAAAAUGCCAUGUCGUGAAAGGUCUUGUUAAUUCUUGAUCAUAUGAAACCACGAGAAGACUUCUUGCGCAAGAAUCUUUUGUUGGUAUUGAAUCUAUUUAUCUAAUGGAGGAAGCAUCAACCUCGACAUCAACACCGGUGGCUGCGAAGCCAACCGUUGUUAAGAAGACAAUGUCGAAGCAAUUUACCGGAAAGCGUGAGGAUUCGCCGCUCCACUCCGCUGUAAGACGCGGAGAUUUCUCUGCGGUGAAGAAGAUUCUGAGUGAUCAUAUUGAAUCAGAGGAGGAACUAAGAGAGUUGUUGCAGAAACAGAACCAAUGCGGUGAGACCGCGCUUUAUGUGGCGGCAGAGUAUGGAGACGCCGAGGUGGUUGCAGAGCUCAUCAAGUAUUAUGAUUUAGAUGAUGCAGAGACCAAAGCUAGAAAUGGGUUUGAUCCUUUCCACAUUGCUGCUAAACAAGGCGAAUUAGAGGUUUUGAGAGUACUAAUGGAGGAACAUCCGGAGCUAGCAAUGACGGUGGACUUAUCAAACACGACUGCUCUACACACGGCGGCAGCUCAGGGACACGUGGAGGUCGUGGAGUACCUCCUAGAAGCUGCAGGGAGUAGCCUAGCAGCGAUUGCAAAGAGCAACGGAAAAACGGCGUUGCACUCUGCCGCAAGGAACGGUCACGCGGAAGUGGUGAAAGCUAUAGUGGCUGUUGAGCCAGACACAGCGACAAGGACCGAUAAAAAAGGUCAGACGGCACUUCACAUGGCGGUGAAAGGACAAAGCCUUGAUGUUGUCGUUGAGCUAAUGAAAGGGCAUCGGUCCUCGUUGAAUAUGGUUGAUUCUAAAGGGAACACUGCGUUACAUGUUGCUACUAGGAAAGGUCGCACUAAGAUAGUGGAAUUGCUUCUAGAGAACAACGAGACAAGCACAAAAGCGAUAAACAGAGCUGGAGAAACGCCACUCGACACGGCCGAGAAAACCGGCCACCCCCAGCUAGCCGCGGUUCUCAAAACCCGCGGCGUUCCCUCAGCUAAAUCCAUCAACAACACUACUCGCCCAAACCCGGCGCGUGAGCUCAAACAAACUGUGAGCGACAUCAAACACGAGGUUCACGACCAGCUAGAACACGCUCGAGAGACAAGGAAACGCGUUCAAGGAAUCGCCAAACGCAUAAACAAAAUGCACGUCGAGGGUCUAGACAAUGCGAUUAACUCCACCACAGUCGUCGCCGUUCUAAUCGCCACAGUCGCUUUUGCCGCUAUUUUCACCGUGCCAGGACAAUACGCUGAUGAACGGAGUACUCUCACUCCGGGACAAUCUCUUGGAGAAGCUAACAUCGCGGAUAACCCCGCGUUUGCGAUUUUCUUUAUAUUUGAUUCCAUCGCUCUUUUUAUAUCUUUAGGGGUUGUCGUGGUUCAAACAUCGGUGGUUGCGAUUGAGCACAAGGCGAAAAAGAAUAUGAUGGCUAUCAUAAAUAAGCUGAUGUGGCUGGCUUGCGUUUUGAUAUCAGUAGCGUUUUUGGCAUUGGCGUUUGUGGUCGUUGGUGAGGACGAGAGGUGGCUAGCGGUUGGAGUAACGGUGUUUGGUGCGACGAUAAUGCUCACGACACUUGGGACUAUGUGUUAUUGGGUCAUUAGGCAUAGGAUUGAGGCUUCGAAUGUAAGAAGCGCGAGGAGAGAAUCAAUGGCAAGAACGAGACAAUCAGGAUUGAUGGAUUUUUCUGGGAUUUUGACAAAGAGAAUGUAUGCUAUUUAGUGAUCAAGAGACAAAGAGUAUGUGUUGAGUUAACGUCUCGAUCUUGAUACCGUGUGGAAUAAAUAACGAAGUUAUCUUGGAAUCAUUUUUUUUUUGCAACUGAUUUUACUUCUUGGAAUCUUUGUUUGUGUUAUUUGUUUUUGAGGUCAUCAUUACUAGUGUUAACAUUAAAAAUCAAAGUACUCUCAUUUUAAAUAGAAAAUGUCAAUGAUACGAAAUAAAUAGUUUAAAACUGUAAAAUUAAAAAUAUAUUUCACCCCAAACAUGUUUUUGAUGCAAACUUAUUAUAUUUGUCAGUUGCUAAGUGAAUGGCGUCACCCACUUCCCAAAAUAACUUUUAAAAAUUAGUUGGCAUCAACAAUUAAUGUGUUAUUAUUUUACUCUUUGAUUAUAUGUCAAACCUUGUUUUUGAAAUUGUAAACGCUCAUAUCACAAUUUUGGAUCAAUUUUGGAUGGCUCAACAAUCAACAAGCUUUCCCAGCAUGUUGAGAUAUUUACUUCCCGCAAUCAAGGACAAGAAUGAGGACGUCAGGAAGACAAAUGCACAAAUAUUUGUCUCCCGGUCUGGCCAGCUCCUAGUCUCCAAUAUGUUCUCAAAAAUAAAUGGAAUCGCAAGAGGUACUAUUUCAUCUCCACCUGUUCUGCUAACGAGGCAAAAGUAUUUGCUUGCAGUAUUUAUUAUAUUUAUUAUAUUUUUCAGUUGCUAAUUGAUUGCCGUCAUUGCUUCCCAAAAUAACUUUUAGAAAUUAGUUGGUGUAAACAAUUUUUGUUAAUGUGUUAUUAAUUUACUCUGUGAUUAUAUGUCAAACCUUGUUUUUGAAAUUGUAACUAUAUAAAUUUGUCUAACACAAGCUCAAAGAUUCAACUAAAUCAUAUACUGAUCUUGGAAAAUUAAUAAAAUUUAGUAUCAACACCAAAACUUUUAAUUUAAUAUUUAUUAGCAAACAUCUAAUUCCAAAAAUCAGAUUUGAACAGUGGUGUAAUACAAAUUAGUAUAAUUUGAAGAUAAUGAUAAGAAAAACUAAAAUGAAAUGGUUACAAAAAAAUAAUAAUAUCACUGGUCUGAGUAAAUUAAUCAUAUAUUUACCAAUAAAAUUCACCUGAAAUGAGUUAGUUUACAACGACUUGACGAGUAUAAGCGUAUCUUCAUCCUAAAUAUAACUAUAAAAGUUAGUUUUUCAAAAACAUUAUCUAAUAGUCAAUAUGCUAAAAAUGCGACAAACAAGCUAACUUUUGGCUCUUAUAACUCUUUUUGAACAAAGGCUGUACAGUUCAUCUAGAUUUGUAAGCAAAGUUAUUUCUCUAUUGAUACUUACAGCUUUAUGUGGCCGUAUUUGGCAUAGUCGAUGAUUUGGAACAAGAAAGAUGUCAUUUUAUUUAAGCUUAAACUUCUUUUGUCAAGAACUUUAUUGUUAUUUGUGAAUAAUUUUUUAUCAAUAAGAUGUGUUUGCACUAUUGUAGACCUCGUCUCGUUUAAAUGGAGAAAUAGAAAGGUAUAUGUUCUCUUAAAAAUAUUGGUUUAGGUUUAUAACAUCAUUUUAAUACUAAAUUGAGUAAUAUAUUGUGUGUUUAUCCGUCAAAUUGAAAAUAAAUAGUUGAUUUUACUGUCAUAUGAUUCAUUAAUGACAAAAUAUGUUUUAGAAAAGUUGUUGAUUUUUACUUUUAGAUGAUGUGGUUAGCAUGCAUUUUGAUUAAUAUAUUCUAGUUAGUGAUUUUGAUACAAAAAUAAAUAUGCGUUAAAAGUUUCAAUCGUGAAAGCAUGUGAAAGAAGUAACCAUCUUAUAUUGAUCCAUGAAAGUUUUGUUAUUUGUUAUUUCCGUUUAUGACUUCGAGGCUAUCAUCAUUAGUGUCAACAUUAAACUCUUCUUUCUUUAUAGAUUUUGUUUUGUUACAAAACCUGUAAGUCUUUUUCUAAGAAAAUGGAAUAAGUAUCUAAAAAUAAUAUCCGACAAAGUCAUACAUUAUUACAAAACUUGAAGCUUUAAACAAUGAAAUUGGAAUAAGAAUUUCAGGCAGAAACCAAUCUAUAGGAUUGGUACCACUGGUUCAAGUGGGAUGAGUGGGUCUUCCUCAUUUUGGUACGCUUCAUCUCCAUCUUCGACAAGGUAAUGUAGAAGAAAUCUUGGAUCUCCUAAUAUAAAAUAUCGCCUGCAGACAACUCAUUGAAACUGAAAGAUCCUGGAUGAGUAACCAUUCCACGACAAUGCUCAAUCGCAACGAGUCCAGCGCCAUACUGAACAAACAUGUGUGUUAUACAAAAUGUUAGAUGCAACGUUUUUAAUUUCUUCCAAUCGAAACAUGAUUUUGAUGCAAUUUCUUUAAUUAGCUAGUUGAUAAGUGAAUGACCUCAACCCUCUUUUAGUAUAGCUAAUGUGUUAUUAUUUUUUUCUUUAAUUUAUAUACUAAACCAUGUUUUGAUAAUGGGAAAUUAGUAAAUUUUGUAACAUCGUCAUUAUUUUAAUCUAAUAGUUAAGUAGCAAUAUUUAACUCCAAAAAUCAAGUUUCAACAGUGUAAACAUAUAGCAUAGUGUUAUUGAUAUAUCUUUUGAAUAUAUUGGGAAAGAGUUAAAACAACUACUUUUUUGAUUAACCGUUAAACCUAAGAGUCCAAUGG